AUGGAAGACAGGUUCAAUAGAAAAUACAAAUAUCCUUGGGUUUUACUGAACGAUGAACCCUUUACGGAUGACUUCAUCAAGCGUGUGAGUGUCUUGACUGACGCGCCAAUACACUUCGGCGUCAUACCCCAUGAGCAGUGGGUACAGCCAGAGUGGAUAGACGAGAAGAGAGCGGAGGCAGCUCGCAAGGUCAUGGUAUGGCAACGCAUAAUAUACGGGGGUCGUUAUCGGAAUAUGUGCCGGUUUAACUCAGGAUUCUUCUACAGGCACGAACUUCUCUUGCCCUACAAGUACUACUGGCGGGUCGAGCCCGACGUCAAAUUUUUCUGCGACAUCGACUACGAUCCAUUCCUGUUCAUGCAGGACAAUAACAAGACAUACGGAUUCACCAUCACCAUGGAAGAGUUCAGAGAGACGGUCAUCACGCUGUGGGACAGCACGAAAGAAUUUCUGUCCGAGAAUUCCCAGUAUGUGGCGGAGAACAAUGCCAUGGGGUUUCUAUCAGAUGAUGGAGGGAUCUCUUACAACUUAUGCCACUAUUGGAGUAAUUUCGAGAUCGCCGACAUGGAUUUCUGGCGAGGGAAAGCAUAUUCGGACUAUUUCGAUCAUCUGGAAUCAAAGGGCGGCUUCUAUUACGAGCGAUGGGGUGAUGCUCCAGUCCACAGUAUAGCAGCGUCGUUAUUCCUUGACAAGAACCAACUGCAUUUCUUCCAAGACAUUGGUUACAGACACGAGCCCUUUCAACACUGUCCUCAAGGGGACGAUUGGUCAAGAGGCCGGUGUGCAUGUGAUCCUAAUGAUAACUUCGAUUAUGUGGGUGCCUCUUGUAUCAGAAAAUGGGAUCGGAUAUGGUAUGUAUAG